UUGUCUUAUGUAUGUCUAUAUCAGUAUCUAUUCCUUAAAAUUGACAAAUAACAUGAGCAUUAACGGUUUAGGCAACAACAUCAAGAUUUUGCGUUAAAUAUAUGUGUAUAUUUAUAUGGUAAAGUGUCUAUUUCUACAUUUUGUAGCUGGGUACUAUUUUAAUCACAUUAUGGUUUUGUUAAAUUCACAUAAAAGUCCUUUUAUAGUACAAAUAAACAAUGUAGUCUCUCGAAUAUAUAAGAAUUCAUAAAACUUUAGGCCUACAUAUUGAUGUUAACAAACAUUUAUUAUUAAAAAUUACAAAUAUUUUAAAAAUAGCACUAAUUGCCUAAUGAAGUACAGCAUGUCACCUUGUUUAAGUACGAGGAAGUAAUCCGAUUUUGACAAAUUUGUAGCCAUAGCUAAAUAAAUUAUUUUUUACUUCAGUCGGCCUACCCAUUUAUCACAGGAUUAGAAAGGAUAAUAACUAUUUUAAGUAUUUAUAGCAGAUCUCUUAUCUGAAAGAUUUAUGGGUCUGUAAGUCAACAGUUGCGCCAGCUUGUUUAAGAAUAGCAGGAAAUAUAUUUGAUCUGGAAUUAUACAAUGAAUUAGAAUAAAGAAGAACAAAUAAUAAACUCUUAAAUAGGCACCAAAGACAUGUGUUGGUGUGAGGAUCAAACCCGAUUUUUCCCCGAAAAUUAUAAUGACAGAAAUUUCCUUAAAGUGUUCACCCUUUGAAAAUCAUUUUAAAACUUGCUUUAAUAAAUUCUUAAAUAGUUUAAACAAAUAGGCACCAAAGAUAUUUGUUUGCACUAGACGGAUCAAAACCGUUUUUCCCCCCGAAAACUAUAAUGACAGAAAUUUUCUUAAAGUGUUAACCCUUUGAAAAUCAUUUCAAAACAAGUUUCGUUAAUAAACUCUUAAAUAGUUUAAACUCUUAAAUAGGCGCCAAAGUAUUUGCUGGCACUAGAUGGAUCAAAACCGAUUUUCCCGCCAAAAAUUAUAAAGACAGAAAUUUUCUUAAAGUGUUAACCCUUCGAAAAUCAUUUCAAAACAACUUUCGUUAAUAAACUCUUAAAUAGUUUAAACUCUUAAAUAGGCGCCAAAGUAUUUGCUGGCACUAGAUGGAUCAAAACCGUUUUCCCCCCCGAAAAUUAUAAUGACAGAAAUGUUCUUAAAAUGUCGACCCUUUGAAAAUCAUUCAAUAAUUCGUAAUAUAAUUUAAAGAACUUUACCUUUAAAGAUUGCGUUUGGCGCGCUAGCUAACAAAAGUCACGUUCGCCUCAGCACGUAACCAUAGCAACAGCAGUCUAUCUGUAACUGCAGCAGAGGAUCUGUAACGGACGAAAUGUAAGUAACGUUACUCUCAUUAUUUAUAUAGCAUAUUUCUAUAUCGCAAGUAUAUCUUAUCACAAAACAGGGACACUACGGUUGAACAAAUCUCGAGAGUGAAACCCCCUCCUCCCGCUUGAAAGUCACUGAAUGGCUUUGAAAGGAUGUAACGUAACGUUAGCGCAAAUGAAUUAUCUUUAGCUGUGAAAAUUUGUAGGUUUACUAUUUCCCACCGGUGUUUCAUCACCAUUGUGACACUGAGCAAGACAAUAUCCCCAUACUCGAUAAAGAUUAAAAUAUGAAAAUAGAUAAUCAUAUCCAUAGACUGUGUUGUAAACUGUCUAAACCGUUGUAAGCUUUAAUUAAACAUGUUUCCUGUGAUUGUAAUAUCAUCUGAUCUAUAUGUCGUUCGUCCAUCAGGUAGAUGCGUGCUUGUGCGCUCUUACCUGCGCGCAGGUGCGCUCCGUCCUCCUGAUGCCGCAGGUGCGCGCAGGUACAUCAUCCUCCUCUGACUGUACAGAAGAUGGACGUUUAUCCUUCACUACUCUGGGACAAAUCACUGUAGUUUGUAAAUCGUACCUCAGAGAUUUUAACUUGAUUGAUUUUAUAAGAAUCUUUUCCUGAAGGAGAAUUUCAAUCGAUCCUCCUAAAAUGAAACUCGUCAUUUCAUGAUCGUUGAAGGACGCCCGUCGCUCUGAGAUGAACGAACAGCGGGACAUUCAACUGUUUUCACUCUGUGUUUUCAUUUUCAAGCUAUUUGUUCUGCAAGGAUUUAUUUGCCAGGAAUCAAACUCAGAAAAUAAACUACCCAGGAGGGUUAAUGCACUGCGGCAGAAACGGGAUCUCUUCCGUGAAGAGCCCCUUAGCACAGUGCUGUCUGAUUCAGCUCUCCCACGAAGAGUUCUUCAUAAUUAUACAGCGAGAGAUGCAUCAACAGAAUAUUGUGGGUGUCUUAAUGGGGGCUGGUGCCAGGAGGAAGGACGCUGUGAUUGUGCUCAGUUCCAGGGUCUCGGGGAUCGCUGUCAAAUUAUUCCCAACCAUGGUCAGGACAGGGAUGGGAUUUGCCGUUCAUGGGGUCAGCAUCAUUUUGAGACCUUUGAUGGAAUGUAUUACUACUUCCCUGGAACCUGUUCAUAUAUCCUGGCCAAAGACUGCCAUGCCACAGAGCCCCAGUAUACGGUUUGGGUUCAUAACAGUCGUUCAUGUAGAGGUUCAGUGUAUUCAUGUCCACGUGGUCUGAGUCUGUUCUUCCCGAAUGAAGAGGAAAUCUAUAUUAGUGGUUAUCAGGUGCUAAAGGGAGGACAUAGACUGAGUCUGCCGCAGACAGUGCGUAAUGUUUUCAUCGAGCGCUUGGCUGACUACAUCCUGGUGAAGAGCACGUUUGGCUUCUCUCUGGCGUGGGACGGGAGCUCUGGAGUCUACCUCAAAAUGACCGAAGCACACAAAGGAAGGCCUUGUGGUCUGUGUGGAAACUAUAAUGAUGACGGAUCGGAUGAUCUCAGCAGCAGCCGCGGUAUAGUCUCUGACGACAUUGCUGAAUUUGGAAACAGCUGGGCUGUAGAUUUGCCCCAAGAGAGACCCUGUCCUGAGGUUGAUGAUGAUUUCCCUGGACCUUGCUCAUCUGAGUCUGAUAUGGAUGAUGCCAUUGAGAAGUGCAGCGCGUUGCUUUUCUUUCCUUUCAUCUCCUGCCAUGAGAACAUUGACCCAAAUCCAUUUGUCGCCAGCUGUGUUUCGGACAUGUGUGUAUCAGAUGAUCAGGAGACAUUUUGUCGGACUCUGGUUGAGUACACCAGGGCCUGUUCUCAUGUGGGAUACCCCGUCAGAGAAUGGAGGGACAGUUUUCCUACAUGCUCGGACGGAUGUGAGGAUAGUUUUGUCCACAGAGACUGUAUCAGCUGCUGCCCACCUACAUGCACAUUUGAGAAGGAGUGUUUGGGAACCAAUCUACACUGUCUGGAUGGAUGCUACUGCCCAGAUGGUCUGAUCUUACAGAAUGGCACCUGUAUAGCAGUGUCUCAGUGCCCCUGUGUGUACCAUGGUACAGCAUAUCCACUUGGUCAUGUAUUGGAGCAAGGCUGCACUGUCUGUGUCUGUAUGGGAGGAGUGUGGAACUGCACCGAAAACAAUUGCACUGCUGAAUGCACAGUAAUGGGUGACGCACAUGUGACCACUUUCGAUGGGCGAAUCUUCAUGCACAUGGGCUCUUGCCAGUAUGUGCUGGUGAAGAGCCGCGGCAGCACAAAGUUUACUGUCACACUACAGUACACAGGCUGUGGAGAGUCUCAGGAACACUCCUGUAUCCAUUCAGUUGCUCUGGUGGUGGAUGAAGACGUCAACAGGCAGGUCACUCUCACCCGAGAGGGGGAAGUUGUUAUUGGGGCCACUAUGGCUGUCAAUUUGCCUUACUCAGAUGACAUGGUGAACGUUCGCCGACUGACGUCUAUGUUUGUGGGUCUGCGGUCUGUUUUUGGCCUGAGGUUUCAGUAUGAUUGGCAAGGUGGACGAAUCUACCUUCAGCUGGACAGCACCUGGAUGGGCUCCACGCUUGGCCUCUGUGGAACUCUAAACGGAAACUUACGGGAUGAUUUCCUUUCUCCUGCCGGAAUGAUUGAAGGAACUCCACAGCUGCACGUCAAUGCCUGGAAAGUGUCUUCAGCAUGCAUAAGCCCUGUCAACAUACCCAUUAUCGACCCUUGUGAAAUGAAUCAACAAAAUGUGUUUUAUUCUGCCCGGUGUGAUGUGCUUUUGGAGGACGUGUUUGCACCCUGCCAUGCCUAUGUGAGUCCCAGCAUGUACCACCAGCAGUGCCGCUACCAGGCCUGUCGAUGUGGCAGUGCCUGCCUCUGCACUGCUCUGUCCCACUACGCAUACAUCUGCAACAAACAUCACGUCACCAUCAACUUCAGAGGACAUGUCUCUGAGUGCGGUAUGGUGUGUUUAGGAGGGAUGAUGUAUCACCCGUGCACAUCAGCAUGCGGGAAGACGUGUCAGUCAAUCAGCAGUGGUGAAGUGUGUGAUGGCGACUGUGCUGAAGGAUGCAGCUGCAGCGAGGGAACAUUCUACGAUCAUGCUCGGCAGCGCUGUGUGCAGCUCGCCCAGUGUCACUGUUAUUUCAUGGGUUCAGUCUUUCAGCCUGGUGAAGUGUCCUUCAGCUCAUCUGGACCAUGUCUCUGCACAAAUGGUCGUAUGGAGUGUGUGCCUGAAGAGAGAGAGCCUGAGAGAGGAGACUGUCCCAAUGGAAAAGUCUACUAUAGCUGUACAGGUCAGAGUGGCCGUGGACCUUCAGGUGUGGGCGUGGCCUGUGAGCUGACCUGCCGAAACCUGAUGCUGAACCUGACCUGCCCUCCCAUGACCCCGUGUGUACCAGGAUGUGGAUGUCCUGCUGGGCUAGUGGCUCAUAAUGGAGAAUGCUAUUACCCAGAGAACUGCCCCUGUGCAUGGCUCGGUCUAGAGUAUCUCCCUGGAGAGACAGUGGACACUCCGUGCUACCGCUGUGUGUGUCAUCGUGGGUUCUUUAACUGCACGUAUUCGCCAUGUCCAGCGGUGUGCACCAUUUACAGCGACCGACAUUACCACACAUUUGACGGGCUGGAGUAUGAUUAUGUCAGCGACUGCCAGGUCUACCUGGUCAAGAGUAUCGGUGAUACAGAGGUGUCGAUCAUGGCUCAAAAUAAAGAUUGCUAUGAAAGUGGGAUUGUUUGCAUGAAGUACCUGCUCAUUUAUGUUGGCCUUACUAAAAUCUACUUCAGUGAUAACUCUGGUAAACCUAGCUCAUCUACUGUUGUGGGAAGAGGAUAUGAGUUCCAGCUUUGGGGUGCGGGAUACUACACCGUGGUCCACUUUCCUGCUCAAGAUCUGACUGUUUUGUGGGACCGCAAGACCACUGUGCAUAUACGUGCUGGACCCCAGUGGAAGGGUCAGAUGAGUGGUUUGUGUGGAAACUUUGACAUGGUAACAGUAAAUGACAUGACCACAGCUGGACAUAUGGAGGUCAGUAACGCACAGGCCUUUGGAGACAGCUGGGCUGUUGGACAGUGUGAGAGCGACUUUGUUGUUCGCAGACCGUGUGAAGGAGAUCUCAGCCGGCAGCCGUAUGCUAAGCGGGAAUGCGGCCUCCUCUACAGUGACGUAUUUGCUCCAUGUCACAAUGUGGUGGAUGUGACCUGGUUUUAUAAGAACUGUCUAACGGACACCUGCAACUGCAACCGUGGGGGUGACUGUGAAUGUCUGUGCACCAGUAUUGCAGCAUAUGCACAUAAAUGCUGUCAAAAUGGUGUCACUGUGAACUGGAGAUCCCCCACCGUGUGUCCAUAUGACUGUGAAUAUUACAACCAAGAGUUGGGAGAGGGUCCGUUCACUCUGUCCAGUGCAGAGCAGAAUGACUCUGCAUGUGUGUUUGGGGCAAACGUGAGCAGUGGUGAAGUGUUUCCCCUCCUGAAGACCAACGCUCAACCCAGCACCAUUUUUCAUUUCAUGAUUACAACUGGGCUAUAUAAGGACCGAGCUUCCAGACUUCCUGCUGUCUCACUGGAGUCUGCAGAGAGGCCAAACUACUUUCUGUGUGUUACUUGGAACCGUGGGUUACGUUUGGAACACUGGCAGCCUGGGGAAGAGUUCCGACGGAAGGCGACCUUUAUUCACCACCAGGGCCUGUGGUUACCUGGUCAAUCGUCCUUUGAGUUACACAGCCACAAGGGUGUUUUCCUCACUCUCUCUCAUACACAUGCACGUGCUCAGAACUACGACAACACGUACACCUUCAAAAUCAGCAGCAGUUUUAUCAUUGAGGAGAGCAGUUUUGUGAUCCCCUACCGCUUGAUGUGCGAGUGGAAAUAUCAUACAUGUGCCAGUCCAUGUGUGAAAACAUGCAACGACCCCGAUGCCACACGCUGCCAGUUUUUACCUCCGGUUGAAGGUUGUUUUCCACGUUGUCCCAAGUCUAUGCUGUUGGAUGAAGUGACCAGGCGAUGUGUCUACAAAGAAGACUGUGUGAUACUAUCCCCAACUCCGACUCCAUACAUGUUCGUGACCAGAUCAAACAGAACCACAGCGGCUCCUACCGCUGCUCCUACAACUACAACCACAACAACUCCCUCCACAACGGCAACACCAAGCACAUCUCCGAGCACAACUGCUAGUACUACAAUCAUAACUACACCUUUGGAAGCAGAUGAUUUAAUUGGGAGCCCAACUACACCCACAUUACCACCAACCACACGUUCUUCGACCUUGGCCAUCACCACCUCCACUGAAACUCCCACAACUCCUUCUCCGCCAACCACAGAACCACCUCUAGUCAGCACGGCCCCGCCCACCACCACAGCCACGCCCACUACAGAGCCUGUAACAACAGUUUUUACCACUGUAUUAUCUACCACAGAGGUGUUGACCACACCCGAGCCUACCACUGAACCAGAGACGACUUCUCCGACAACCACCGUCCCGCCUGUUACAACCACCACUGUCAUUACAACUGAAACGACAACUUCAGAACCAACAACAACCAUGACCACGGAGACAACAUCUGUCUCCACGACAACCGAGGAGCCCUCAACUACAGCAGCAGUACCAACGACCUCUGAGAUAAUGCCGUCACCCUCUCCUUCACCUGAGACUGCAGGAAUAACAACAGUUCUUCCUCCGUUCCUUCUACCCACAGGGCCCUGCACGCCUCCAUAUUCAUUACGUGUGGAUGAGUGCAGUGAGUACAUCUGCUUUAAUGGACAGCUGAUGCUGCAUAAUUCCUCUCAGCACUGCAGAUACAACAUCAGCCAGCCACAAUGCAACCUGCUGGGCACACCGAUCCAGACCAAUACAGACCCCUGCUGCCCACUGUGGCAGUGCCCGUGUCGCUGCUCUAUAAUCUCUGACCUGCGUGUGAUCACAUUUGACGGGAAUAAUGUGGCUCUGUAUGAUAUUGGUUCUUAUAUUCUGGUCCACCUGCCCAGAGAAAAAAUAGUCGGCCACAUUGAGAAAUGCCCAACCAGUGAGAGUGUAAACUACAUCAGAAGACCUACUCCCUCUGGUGGAACCUCUGGUCUGUGUUUUAAGAAGUUGAACAUUACAACUCAAUCGUACAGAAUUAUGGUCAACCGCUUGGACCGGAAGGUGUCGGUGAAUCAGAUUACGGCCCGGCUUCCUCUCACCAGACAGAACCUCCAUAUUGAUGACACCGGGACCAUGUACAUCAUUAAUACACCUGGUGGGAUCAACAUAAAGUGGUACCACAGCACUGGCAUCAUGGUUCUACAGUACACGGUUCCUGAUAACACCUCCACUAGGGGGCUCUGUGGAUGUUGUGAUGGAAAUCCAGCUGAUGACCUGCGGCUGCCCAACGGUACAGUGGUCCGGGAUGUUGAGGACAUCCCAGUGUUUUUGCAUGGAUGGAUGGUGGAUACGUCAGAGGAUACAGAUUACUUCCGCAGAGUGGGAGACAACUGCACCACCGGCAACUGCUCCAAAUGUUUCACCAUGCUCAACCAGAGACCUUUCUCUAAAUGUCACCAUAAGGUUUCUCCAGAAAACUUCUGUGAUAAGAUAUGGGCCGGCGACCUACAUUAUAAAGAGCAUGAGUGUGACUUCCUGGCUGCUUAUGUGGCCAUUUGCUACACACAUCAGAUCUGCUUCAGCUGGAGGAAAAGCAACUUCUGCCCACUCAAAUGUCCUCCUGGUAAAGAAUAUAAACCCUGUGUGAAUACAUGUAAGACUCGAACGUGUCAAAACCGAGAUUACUAUGAGGAAAGCACCUGUUCUUCUAUCAGAGAGGAGUGCGUUUGUAAAAGUGGUACCAUCCUGCACCGAGCAGACUCUGCCUUUUGUGUCACCGAGGACCAAUGCGUGUGUACGGAUAACGACGGUGCUCCACGCGCCCCGGGUGAGGUGUGGAAUGGCUCUCUGCGUGGCUGCUGUUUGUUCAAGUGUCUGGAGAAUGGUAGUGUGGUUCCUGUGGAGCCCGAGUGCAGUUAUGAACCUGCUCCUCUGUGUGAGAGAGAGGGAGAGUAUGCAGUCGAUGUUCUGGAGGAAGGAGUCUGCUGUCCUAAGAAGAUUUGUGAAUGUAACCUCACCAUCUGUCAGAGUGAAGUGCCCAGCUGUGAGAAUGGAGACAAGCUGGUGAUUGGCUACAGCGCUCUGUCCUGCUGUCCCGAAUACAGAUGUGAAUGUGAUCCGCUGGCAUGCCAGAGUGUUCCUGCCCCCAUCUGCAGAGAAGAUCAAUUCCUGGUGGAGGUCAGAGGGGCACACGCUUGCUGCUACAGCUACAUGUGUGUGUGCGAGUCCUGCAUUGAACCUAUACCAGUGUGUCUGCCUGGAGAGAUACUGGCUGUGGAUGUGAACACCACUAAUCACUGCUGUCCACAGUAUCAUUGUGUGUGUGAUAUGAGUCUGUGUCCUGAGCCCAGUGUGAGUUGUGCUCCUGGAGCUGUGCUGGUGAAGAGACCCGUGCCAGACAGCUGCUGCCCAGAGACACACUGCGAAUGUCAGUGUCACAACGUUACACUUCCUGUCUGCACUGCGGGUGAAGUGAGAGUGGAGGAACCAGACCCCGGCGGCCCGUGUGGAUGCCCACUGCAUCACUGCAAGAAGGCAGAAGUCUGUCUGUUUCAGGGUGUGACGAUAUUGAACCCUGGCCAGUCUAUGGUGCAAUACUUUGAGGGGGAACUGUGUUACACAGUUCAGUGCCUCACACAUAAAGACCCCAGCACUGGGUUCUAUGCAAUGGAGGUCACCACUGCCAACUGCUCUGAGAAGUGUGAACCUCAUCAGGUUUAUGUCCCAUCAUCCGAUCCACAUGUGUGCUGUGGCUCCUGCAAAAACAGCUCAUGCUCAUAUCCCAGUGAAAACGGGACUACAGAAGUGUUUAUGGCAGGAAGCUCAUGGGUGGCAAACUGCACACGCUUUGACUGUAUGGAGACUGCGGUAGGCGCAGUAGUUUUGGCCUCUGGAGUGGUCUGUCCUCCUUUCAAUGACACAGAAUGUAUUCAGAAUGGAGGCGUAGUUCAGACAUAUGUGGACGGUUGUUGUAAGACAUGCAAAGAAGAUGGUAAAACCUGUAAGAGAGUCGCCAUCAGGACCACCAUCAGAAAAGAUGACUGUAGAAGUAACGCACCUGUGACAGUGUACUCAUGCGAUGGAAAAUGUCCGUCUGCCACCAUCUUCAAUUUCAACAUUAACAGUCACGCACGUUUCUGCAAGUGCUGCCGUGAGAACGGCCUCCAAAACCGUAUCAUUCAGCUGUACUGCACUCGAAAUGCCACGACGGUGGACUAUUACUACCAGGAGCCGAUGGACUGCUCAUGCCAGUGGAACUGAUUCCUUGCGGACUGUGUGCAGUAAAGUUAAGAUCUCUAGCUUUACGCAAACAGGCCCGACUUCGACUGCAUAUACAGUACAGUAUCGCAAACUACUAACACCAUCGCUGUAUCUGUUGUAUCUUUGAUAUCUAUAAUUUAUCUGUAAGUACAGUAGGUUAAUCAAACAAUUAUUUGAUCUGCUGUUAAAUUGGUGUAUUGUUUAGAUUUUAGUAUUAACAUUUGUUAAAUGAUGGAAUGACGCGGGGAAGAGUAUUAUUAGAAUCAAUAUUUUCCAUUAACAUUUUAAAUACAUUUAUACGAUCUUAACUUUUAACCAAAUGCUUUAUUUAAAUGACAUCUUUGUGCUUUUUCUAACAAAAAAUGCAUUUCUUAUUACAUUUAUUAAUUACGGAGAAAAUAAACAAGCUUGUCUUAAGCCCUGUUCACAUUAAGACGAUAAUGAUAAAGAUAACUAUAUUAGCGUUGACACCAACACACAAUUUCAACAUUAUGCUUAUUAUAAGCACACACUGUAGUUUUGUCGUUUGCUACUUUAAAUGCUCAAGCUCUUCAAAAUAGACUGGAUUCUGAUUGGCUGCCGUGUUGUUUCUCUGCAGUUGUCGUUAUAGUUCAGGUUUUAAUUUGUAACAAUUUUUAGAACUUUAUCGUUACAGUUAUCGUUCUUUGUGUGAACAGGCCUUUAAGCAGGCCUUUGAUAUUUAAAGAGAAAUCCCACACAGUUGCUUGACAGGUGCAUCCAUCACUCACAAGUUCUGUUGACACUUUCAGUGUGCUCUGUCUGUCUCUUAAAAAACGUAACGUGAUGAACUUGAAUUACCAUACUAUAGCCAUAAUGCCAAAAAUAUGAUUUCUGCUGCAAGUGAAUUAAAUUGUAUAAGUCUAAAUAUACUUAGCAUAUAGUAUAUUAUCUAUAAACCUGCAUGUUAUUGUCACAUUUUUUUAAAAUAAUAAAAUAAAAAUACAAAAAC